AUGUACGUCACUUUAUGGUCACCAGCAGUCGGAAUCGAUUCCUACCAUUCGCCCUGCUUUAGCCUUGUAGAAGAUAGGAAUCUUUUCACGAUUUGUCGAGACUCGUUGAGAGAAAAAAUAAGCGGUGAUUUGGUUUCGCUAAAACGAAGAAACACGUUCCAGGAAAAGAGAAAAAUGGACAAGUUUAAAGAAAAAUACUGUGUGUUCUUGUUGGUGUGUUUGGCUUUCAGCGACAGGCGGAAAAAAGAGCGAAAAAAACAAGUGCUUGCAGUUGCUGGAAAGCUAUGCCACAGUGCUUCCGCUUGGUUCCUGUCGACAGAGCUCGUAGCCGUACCGUUCACCCGCUUCCCACAUGCAAAACGAUCUGUUGAUCAUUUGAGGAAGGUUCAAGGCCGUGUUUGGGAGCUCCGCUGGUUCAAGAAUUCGAAUUAUGUGCGCUUUUGCAGAUCUCUGCACGUCAAUGUCGAUCGGUGGAUAUACAACUCUACUUGUGCCAAGAGGUUCUCUGCUCGGACAAGUGGAUUUGUGACCAUCUUCUCACCGACCCGCUUGUAUACCGACCUGCUGCAAGCCAACAGCAAACAUGCAAGCUGUCAUGGGCAGGAGGUCAAUUAA